AUGAAGAUUAGCAAACAAGCUAAGUCUGCUGGUGUUAUAGAGGGAGGCCGAUUCUCUGGUGUGACUGAUAAGAGGGGUUACAUGAUUUUCAAGAAGACUAUUAUGAAUCAGCCAGAGAUCCAAUUUUCUGGCACGGGGGAGCUGUCAAGUGCUUACCAAUACUUCUAUAUCAUCAAUAAUGUAUCUACUCCUCUACAACAACUGAUUAAUGAGCAAUGCCAUGUGAAGGGGAACACUUUGUUCAGUCAACGGGUUGUUACUGCAUGGCGAGUUUUACGACUAUAUAGUGAUCUCGGUAGCGAAAUGGAGCUCCACCGGAAAUGGGAGAAUCUGAAGUGUGAUGGCCCUACUACUUUGGAAGUUUACAUCGCCGCCAUUCAGACCAUGAAAGACCAGAUCGGUGAAGUUCGCGAAUGUCCUCUUACAGACAGUGAGUUACGAGCUCGGCUAUACUCAGGUUUGCCAACUGAAGCUCGUCUCUAUCUCGAUAGGAUGCCGAUGACUUCUGUAUCAACUAUGGAGAGUAUGAUUUCUGAGACUAGAAGGUGGGCUCAGCUACGAGUUCGUUAUGGUGCUUCGUUGGUCGGAACUCCCACUACAGCGAUAAGUAAUCCUACUAUUUCCACGACUCGUGGUGCGUCCUCUGCUAAGGUCAAGAGUGCUACUCCUAGUAAGAAGGACAAGAAGAAGACUGACAAGGAAGCUAAUGUCAUCGAGUUCUCCACGA